AUGAGCUCCCUCUACAAGCCUAAAGACCCCCACGACGUAAUUGAUGGUGACAUUACUGAAGCAGUCCAUAAUUUUGAAAGGACAGGACAAAUAAGGGACUUCAUUGCACUAACUGAAGAAACAACUAAAGAUUCUGAAUCAGUAGAUGAUCCUCCGGAUGCUGAAGGACAAGAUCCCCAAGGCUCAGCACAUGAUGUAGUAGGUGACAUUGCAACUGAGGGCAGCGUCAAUCUGGAGCAGCAGACAACUGAAGAAGCAGUCCACCAUGAUGUUGAUGUUGAGCCUCAGACUCCUCUUUCGGAUGUUCCUGCUGCUGUUGCUGCUGCUUCAGAUUCACCAGACUUAGUAUCUUCAGUACUUGCCACUGAUUUCGAUCCAUUGGAUGAGCAUUUGUUUAGCGAUGGGGAGCAGCCGUCUGAGACAGUUGUCAACUAUGCUGAUGAUGCUGAUCAGGAGGAUCAGGGCUGGCACCUUCAGCUUGAAGAAGAGGCUACUCCCAAAAUAUCAAAACAACAAAGAAGCCAUGUGAGGAGGCGUCAGAAGAGGAAGAGAGAGAGAGAGAGAAAGGGAGAGAACCAAUCUUCAGCCCCAGCCCUAGCAGAGCAAAUAGGAGAAGAGCAAAGAGAAGGAAGGCAGCUAGUAGGUUUAGAACGGAUCUAUUUACAGAUGUGUAUGUUGACGCUGAGAAAAAGACUAACAUCUUAUGUUCUAGGUCUAGAACCAGGGCAGCCCCAACUGCCAAAACCCUCCUCAGAGCUGGCUCAAGUAGAGGAAAGCCAAGAUACACCAGGGAAUGGCUGGGGAGAUCGCCUCCGAAAGAGGAGUAAAGGGCCAGGGGCAUACUCCGAAUAAUGUCAUCUUGUAAGUGUUAUUGAAAUUGUUGUUGCGUUAAGACAAUAUAAAAGUCAUAGU